CCCCCGCAGCUCACGAAGUUAGUGAAGACUUUUAAGUCGUUUGCCCGCUAAUGUCAGACGGAUUAUAAAGCUGAAAACUGAACCAGGAAUUCCCUCCUUAACAGCUGGAAUUGUCUUAUCUGGUGCCACAGUCACACACUUCAUACACAUAAUCUCCACUACGGCUGCUCAAACCGACACCAGAGCCUUCACUACAACAGAGAUGGAUCAUCACACGUUGCUAUUUGCAGUGCUUCUAUGCAUCACUGUUACAGCAUCAGCUUCUAAGCAGUUAUGCCAGCCAGUAGAGGUUCAGGAAAAUCCAUGGCUGUAUGUGCGGGAGGUGCUAAAUGGCUGUUGGACCAGCUUUGUAAGAGACGACGACAACAAAGAGGUCCACAUCCUCAAUCUGAACUUCGACCCCACGGACUCCAGUAUGUUUGAUCUCAACGUGACCACCGCCAAGCCAAUGAUCCUUGUCCUCACUUCGUCGGUCCGCGCUUAUGGUGCAUGCUACAUGAACACAGAUGUUGCCAUUUAUGUAAACAAGAAUUUUGCAAAUUCUUUAUAUUGCGUCCCGCCUAUGACUUUGAACACAGAAGCCUUCCCCAGUCAAGACGAGGAGGUGGUCACAUGGGUGAAGCAGAAGUUUGGGGGCGUGACUUCAUUCACCACAGUUCGAAAUCCAAAAUCAAUCUCCUUCACAGGAAGAGAAGGAUUCAAGCUCGGCUCCAGUGAGUGCAUACUUGAAAAUGAAGCUCCAUCUAUGAAGUACUUUAUAAAUGUUGAAACGGCAGCAUCCUCUCCAUUCAAAUCCUGCUCCCUGCAGCAGCAGGAUCCCAGUGAUGAUACUGAGCUUCACAUAAUAAACAUCCCAGAGUCCAGCAGGAUCCGUAAUGUGUCGCUUUACGUGGAAACAAAGAAGACUACCAGUGUGUUUCUCAGAGGACCUGAGGGCACCGUAUGGAGCUUCCAAAACCUACAACACACAAAAUUUGGAUCCAACAAUGAGAUCCUGCUGGCCAGCAUCACACACAGAAUCCCACCAAAUCUUAAACUGAACAACGACAGUGCAGAGGCGGUGCAGAGCAAGGCUUUGGAAUACUUUAAAGCCACUACCUUCACCAGCUACAAUGAACUCAGACUGAACGACCCCAGGGUUUCACUGGUGCUUGGGAAAAAGGAUAAUUCCACAGUUGCAGAAUCAGAACCCGAAUCAGCCAUUGCCAUUACAACUCAUACCCCUCCUAAGACACCUUUAUCAAUGCAGCUGUACACCACACCAGAUUACUGUUUUCCUCUGGAUCCCACCACCAAGGUGGAGAGUGACAAGAGAAUUUAUGCCGAGAUCUCUGUGCAAACCUUCGGGGAUAGCGUCUUCACCAUCAAGGUGAUGAGCUGCGUGGUGCGCUCAAACAGCUCGUGUCCUGUAGGAAAAGAGCUGCACUUCAUUCCAGAGAUGUGCUCAAAAAAAGUUUGUCCCAACAGUACUCGACUAAGCUUCUCUUUGGACCAGCUCCAGGAGCUGAAGUCCACCACCUGGGACCUGGAGUGUUCCGUCAAAGUUUGCUACAGUGAGCAAUGUGGCGAUGGAGGAAGAGUGAAGCGGAAUCUGGCAGUCUCCCAGUCUUAUCUGCAACCACCAAACCCGCCAUGCUUUGAUUUUGGCCUUCCUGCUGUGCUGGGAAUUGCAUUUGGAGGAUUCCUGAUUGGAAUAUUACUUAUUGCAGCACUGUGGUUUAUUAAAAUUAAAACAGGAUACCCAACUGGACUGGACAUGACCUCAACUGUGGUGAAUCUUUCCGGAUGUCCCUGCUCGGGAAUGAAACGGCAACCGGUUUCUAACAACCCUUCCCCGUCAGAGAACAGUAGUGCCAACGCCAGCAUUGGAAGCACUCAAAGUACACCGACCAGCAGCAUGGCAUGAGAUUACCGCCACCACCCGCAGGAUCACCAUCAUCUUCCUUCAAAGUCACGUCUAUGGGUUUUGUGCUUGUGGGUAUUUUUUUUUAAAAUGCUUAAGAAGCAUUCCUCUCUACCUGCUCCUCAUUGAAUUCCCCCCCGGAACAAAAAAAAGAAAGAAAAAGCACAACCCAUGUCUUUGACACACCAAGCCUAUCUGGGGGAUUGUAAUGAUGGGGAGGAGAUUAAGUGACUGAUAAGGGAAGUCAAAUCAAUGGCUUCUGACACUCACCUCUCCAGCCUCUCUGUAAAGUCAAGCUCCGACACAAGAAGUCAGAGAGGGCAAGAGUAAAAAAAUAAAU